AUGGCUUCUCAGGCUAUUAUCUUCGCCGAGACGAUCGCGGGCAUGAAAAGGGCCGUCAAGAGGAAAUCCUAUGGCAAGAUGCAAAUUUCUUCGAUUGAGCAACUGACGAAUCGAGGAAACAAGUUGAGGAGGAGGGCAAGAUUCGUUCAUGAGGGCCAAUUGGCGCCACCUACCGGCCCACAGGUCUACAAGAGGCGGAUCGAGCAUGCAGGAUACCAUAGAGAAAUAAUAAGUCGAAAUCCACCACUCAUUGACGACGAUGGUUACGAGGUCGAUACCGAAGACGACGACGAUGUCGACAGCGCCCAGGCAAGAAUUGCAGCCGCGGCGGCGGAAUUUGACCCCUAUGCGGAAGUGAAGAUUGAACAUCUUCUCAUGCCGCUAACAGCCGCCGCUGAUCUCCCCGACCAUCCUACACUAUCGAAACCCUUCCUCUCGAAAACAAUUCCAGAGCUUACUCGCCACGCUGGUGAUAUGGUGAAAAAGGAAAGAGGCUCUCUUUGGAGAAUCAAACAUCUUUUGACAAGAUUGAGCGGCGACAGCACAUGGAUACCUUGUGAAAUCGUGGAGGCCGAAAAUGAUAUCGCCCUGUUCUUCGAUGAGCAUGACAAGUUCCGCGCGAGUUUAAUAGGAAAAUCGAACUCCAAGGAUGAUGCAGAUCAAACAUCUACAGCGACGCUAACAUCGGAUGAUGUACAACGAACUCCUAGUGCUCUUACUCCGUCGACAAAACCUGCUAUAGACACUGCUGACCAGACUACUGGGAACACGGCUGCAGAUGAAGAGCCGCCGGCAAUAUCUGUAAAUGCCUCUGCAGAAGGCAUACAUGGACACAAGGACGAACCAUACCCCCCUACCAACACUGUCGAGUCCACAGAACAUGACGAGCAUGAAACCAAGAAGAGCGGUACAGACACUGUACUAAGGAAAGACGCAUCGGAGGGUGCAGAGAAAGCUAUAGAUAGCGAGGCCGGCAAAGGAAUUGCCGAUGCAGCAGCGGUUGAUCAGGUGCAACCUAGUGACGAGGGUGUAGAAAUGGAAACCGAAGGAGGCUUAGAAGGGCAAGAAGAUAUUCCCGCUCCACAUCGGAUGAGGACCCGAGCUCAGGCCCAAGCAGCAUCAGAUAACACCGCAUCGAGCAGGACAAGGUCAAUAACCCCUGACGAUACGUUCAUACAUCCCUUCUUUUUGGCGCCUAAAUCGUCUUAUCCAGACCGUGACGUGGGCCUACCUCCACACGAAGCCGAGGAAACUAGAAGGCUACUUCAACUAUAUAUACAAAAGCAGGAAGAAGUUUGUCGUGGCGCUCAGAGAAUAUACGAAGGGUUACUCAGAGCUGAUCGAUACCGCAAGUUAGUAAUGAAAUGGGCCAAGGCUGAAGGCCACGUCGGCGAGAAUCGCGACAUGUCUGAUGGCGAGGACUGGUAUGACAAAGAAGAAUGGGGUCUGGAUGGGGACCUUAAGAAAGGGCAGGAUGAGGAAGAAGAGGAUGCUGCGACUACAGCGAAGAAAACGAGAACGAGGCGACAGUAG